AUGGUUCUUCCGUUUGGUCUAGCCACCUCACCCCGAGUCUUCAUGCGUGUGGUGAAGACAAUCGGGGCCGCAUUAAGAAAACAAGGUGUGAUGAUCUUCAUGUAUCUGGACGAUUGGAUCAUUAUUGCUCAAUCUCAGACGGCCGCGUCGGCGGCACUCAAUCUGACUUGGCGUCUAGCGGUGGAUCUCGGGUUUAUUAUCAACGCCGAAAAAUCCCAUCCACAUCCAUCCCAAUUCCCAAUCUUUCUGGGAGCGUCUCUCGAUCUCCAGAAGGGAUUGGUUCGGCCUACGGAGGAACGAGUUGUAAAUCUCCAACAGUGUGUGUCUCUGUUUCUCCCGACGACCAUGGCCCCAGCACAAGCCUGGCUAAGGUUGCUCGGUCUCAUGGCCAGUAUGGUAGAUGUGGUGAACUUUUGCAGACUAAGGAUGCGUCCCAUCCAGUUACAUCUGCUGUCCUUCUAUCGGCCCAGUCGUCACCACAUACGUCAUCUGGUGCCGACCACACCUUGGCUGAUACCGCACCUCCGUUGGUGGCUCGACAAUACAAAUCUCAUGGAGGGGCGCGCGUUUCACAGUCCCAAGCCGUCAGUGACCAUCACGACAGAUGCGUCACUUUUUGGCUGGGGGGCCACCCUCCACCCGCGCCAAGUAGCGGGUCGGUGGGGGCCCAAAGAUUGCUCAAAGCACAUAAACGUGCUGGAGAUGUUGGCAGUCAUCAAUGCUCUCCAACGUUUUCAAGCAUCAGUGACGAACCAGGUAGUCAACAUUCGAUGCGACAAUGCCACAGUAGUGGCCCACAUCAAUCGACAGGGAGGCACGCGAUCCGCCCAACUAUGCGCACUCACGUGGAAUCUCUUCCACUGGUGUAUGGGCCACGGAGUAGCACUCGUGGCAACUCAUCUCCCAGGCGAGGAGAACGUCACAGCCGACGCUCUCUCCAGGGGGUGGGUCGCUCCGACGGAAUGGUCACUGCGUCCGCAGGUUGUCCAGUCACUUUUUCUGUUGAUCGAUCGGCCUCAUGUCGACCUGUUUGCCUCUCGAAACAACCACCAGUUACCGGUAUACUGCGCAAGACACAACGACCCUUGCACAUGGCAGACAGACGCACUGGCAAUACGGUGGGACAGACUACUUGCGUACGCCUUUCCCCCGUUCUCCCUCAUACCGCGAGUACUGGCCAAAAUGGAACAGGAGGACUGCAAGAUCCUCCUCAUAGCUCCCUUUUGGCCACGCCAGCCUUGGUUCCCGAGACUCAUCAAGCUCUUGGUUCACCACCCGGUGAUUCUUCCGAAGAGGGCAGACAUACUGUUCCAGCCCAGCUCGGGUUUUCUUCACCCGGCCCCGGAGGAUCUCCACCUGACGUGCUGGGUAUUAUCAAGCAAUCCUUCCGCACGGCGGGCCUUUCUGAACGAGCUGCGGCCAUUGCAGCCUGCAGCCGGCGGGAAUCUACCAGGAAAAUAUAUAGCAGUAGAUUACACCAUUUUUACAAAUGGUGUAGAGCCAGGUCUCUGCGUCCCUCCGAUACUUCUAUAG